AGUCAGUGAUGAUCCAUCCGGGAUCCAAUUUGAACGGUUAUCGUGUGAGUCGCUAAUAAUAUGGCGGAACAUAAAAGUUAUUUACAUAAAAUAUGUUUAGUAGUUUUAAGUGUUUUAGUGUUUACAGAAACUGCUCAAUCACAGACAUCGUGCACAGCGCCGAAUGGCAACGAGGGCCGAUGUGUGGACAUCUACAAGUGCCCGGCGCUUCUGACACUCAUAAAUAAGCCUAACAGAUCGCAACAGGACUACGAAAUACUGAGGAAGUCGCACUGUGGAUUUCAGAAUCAAACGCCUUUGGUGUGUUGUCCGAGCGCUCAGCCUGUACCAUCUCCUACCGGUAGUAGGUGCUUCACUCCCGACGGUCAGGAAGGAAGUUGCAUCAGCCUCUACUCCUGCCCACAUCUCACGGCGUUACUCCAACAACCUUCGUCCAAGGAUAUCAUAACUUUCGUGCAGAAUUCCAAGUGCCAGGGCCCGGAUCAGUACAGUGUGUGCUGCGGUCCCAGAGCUCCUGUGCUGGGUCCUCAAUUGAAACCGACAGUCUGUACACCAUCUGUCGCACCACCGGACCCCAGGACAGAAUGCUGCGGCGUUGAGAGCUAUGGAGGCAACAGGAUAUUCGGCGGUAACGCGACUUCGAUCGACCAGUACCCCUGGCUGGCAAUCAUAGAGUACAAAAAAGAAGACAAGAUCAAACUGUUAUGCGGUGGAGUGCUCAUCAGCGGCAAAUACGUUUUGACAGCCGGCCACUGCGUGGUGGGACCCGUGCUGGCCGUUGGUACACCAGCGAACGUCCGCCUCGGUGAAUACGACACGAGCAACUCGGGACCCGACUGUGUCGAAGCGGAAGGCGGUGGUGAAGACUGCACGACAGGUGCCGUCAUACUGCCCAUCGAGAAGAUAACAGCGCACCCAGAGUACAAUCCUACCAAUGCGUUAAGGAGGCACGACAUCGCGCUACUGAGACUCAGUCAGAUGGCACCGUACACAGAUUUCAUUCGACCAAUCUGCCUCCCUUUGUCCGAUAUAGCGAAGACUGCUCCACUGGACACUAGGCUUUUUGCAGCUGGUUGGGGCGCAGUCAGUGCUAGCCAGAGCAGCAGCAAUGUAAAACAGCACGUCAGCCUGCCGUACAAGACGCAAGACGAAUGCCAAGUACCAUACGACAAUCCCAGACGGAAAGUAGCUUUAUGGGUAGGGCAAGUUUGCGCCGGCGGUGAAGUAGGCAAGGACUCGUGCAAGGGGGACUCAGGCGGUCCUCUCAUGUACGAGAACGGAAAACUGUUUGAGGUCGUCGGCAUCGUUAGCUUCGGACCAACGCCCUGCGGUCUCGAGAACAUACCCGGAGUAUACACCAAAGUGUACGAGUACUUGCCGUGGAUACGCACUAAUAUCACGCCUUAAGUGUUCCUAACGGACGUACCUCCCAAUGCCGGUUUAUUCAGAAAAUGACCAUAAAGUAAAAUAAAAAGACUGAAAAAUUCACAUAAAAAUGUAUUCUUCCUGAAUGACGCAAUGAUUUUGUUAGAGAUUAUUGAAUGAAAUUAAAUUUGUUAAAAUAAAUGAGCUACAAUCUAAGAAUUAGCGGCCAUACUUUUAAUUAUACAACAUGUCUCUUUCUAUUGUCAUUUAGUGAAGAGAGAAAGAGAAAGAGCGACUUAAAAAAAUUCCUUAAUUCGAUUUUUAUAAGUAAGUCCGAUGAAGAUAAUAAUAUCAAAAGCAAAAAAAACUAAAACAACACGCAUUGAUAAAAAGCUGUGAUGAUUCAUCGGUCGGUCCUAAUUACAUCGCAAAAUUUCCGAUCAUUCUGAUCGUCUGUUAGUAGAUGAAAACUUAAUUGUAAAAUUCAUUACAUUCAUACAUACAUAGAAAUGACAGAUACAACUACGAAUAUAUUGUUACAAAUUGCAAAAAUAUUAAAUUCAUAACACGAUUAAAAUAAUAAAAAAUAAUUUCGAAAUUACUGUCCUAGGCGACGUAACUUUAUUAUGUUAAGUCACUACCCACGGAGCCGUCACGGAGCUCGAAGAAACGACAACUGAUGAGAAAGACAGGUUCUUGAGUGUAACCAUUUCUGGUGUGAGAUACAGGAAUUCGAUGAAUCCAGGUGGUUUAGGACCAUGCUUUUUGGAAUGCCUAGAGGGUGGCCUAUGUUUAGCAGUGGACUUGUGACGUGAUGGACUAUAAUAAUGAUGAUGUAUUAAAAAUAUGUAAAUGAUGAGAUAUUAAACUUUAUUUGCUAAAAUAUGCAUGCAUAAAGAAAAUAUAAUGGCAAGAAGUGCCAUGGUAGCCGUAACCAAGGAUAAGUGCUCGCCUCAACGCGAGCAAUCCCAGUUGAAUUCCCGAUGGAACCAAUGAAAUAGUUAAUUGCAGUAUUUAUCUGUCCCAAAACCCUAUCACGAAAGUCUGCACGGUGACCUCUAUUGCGCAUAAAUCGCGCUGAUUGGCUUAUUGUGCAUAAGACGCGCUGAUUGGCACGUGCGUAUCGUUCGCACGCGCUGAUUGGGUUCUCCAGUCUCAUUCCUGCAAUUCAAUUCGUGCGCGUCCGUUUUGUUUAGCGCUAGACUUACGUGCCGCGACUAAUAUAUCGGUGGUAACCCUACUAUAUUUUAAUUAUUUUGCUUUAAGACUAUCUUCCCUCCUGAAACAGGCAAUACACAUCAUUUAAUUUAAUUUAUGCAUAAACUUGCAUCUUUACUAAAUCCGGCACGGGCUUUCGAUAGAGAUCAACGAUACUCAUUUAUUAUUAGAUUAAAACCGAGUUCAAAAAACAAGAUGGUUAUAUAUUCGACGCGUAUGUUUUUAUAUGAUUUCUCGGGAACGGUUAAACCGAUUGUAAUAAUUAUUUUAUUAAAUACGUUAUACAUCGGGGACGUCCCCAUGUUAUUUUUAAGAUAAAAUUUCACCCCUGAAGGUGAAGGAACAUUAGGGAAUAAAGGUUUUAGUGUAACUAUUUAGAGGACAGUCAAGUUCUUACCUUCAACUUGUGAUAUUCCUAAGUCUGCUCAAAAAGGUAAUUUUUUUAACUUUUAAUACUUUUAUAUUGUGAAACAUAGCGCAAGUUCUUUUAACACUAUGAACAAUCUUGCCUAAUAAAUAAAACUAAUUACUGGAUUUUACCGCUAUUAAUUUACUUUUUUUUUAAAUCCUCGUGACAAAGGGCACAGCACUCCAUUUUCGACAUUUGAAGUUAACUGUUAAUUAUACGCGAUAAAAUUCGUAUAAUUAGCAUUAUUUAAUUUUGAUUUUUUUAUGAACCUAAUGAAUAAUGCAUGUAUUUCUAAUGUAAAAAAUCUAACAAAUAUUAAUUUUACAAUAUGUUACUCAAUAUUGUAAACAUUAAACAACUAAUAACUUGUUAAUAACAAUAAAAAUGACUGUCUAAAUAAGUUUCAUUUAAUAUUAUUCACAUAUAAAAUUUGUAGCCGACAACGUGUUGAUUUUAGAAUUGUCAUAUGUUUUUUAUAUAAUAAAUUU